CCCACCACAUUUCCAAUUCCACCCUUCUAUAAACCAUAAACUCAAACACCCAGAAAAAAAUUAGUUAAAAAAUAACUUUAAAAAAUCCCAUACCCAGACGCCGGAAAGUUCAUCGACGGCAAUGGGGUGCUCCUCUUCGAAGCGAAUCGAGGCCACCGUCGAUGUAUACCGUCCAGCGCCCGCGAGCUUUGCGGUUUUUGACAUAAACGCCAUAGAGGAGCCUUGGGUUAAAGUCAUGGAUGAGCUGCCGCCAUCGCCCGCGGCGGACUCGGUAAAGGAGGAGAAACCGCCGAUUGUUCCGGUUCCGAUUCUGGAGAAGCUCAGUAGUUUCGAGUCUGAAGCUCCUCAUUCGUGGGAUGAGGUUAGUAAAGCCCUUGAAGACCUCAAACCUGCUCUCCGCCCUGUUACAGGACCACCGCCGACGAAACCCCCUGCCGUCCCCGCCGUCGUCGUCGCUAAACAACCUCCACGUAAGAGCUCGAGUUUCCACACAGUGGCGGAGCUCGACGCUAAGUUGUCGCCCUCCGCCAAGCCGGCCGCCGAGUCUAAACCUUCUGGGUUGAGGAAAGCGGCGUCUCUUAGACCCGGACCGGAAAAACCCGAGCCAAGAACCGGAGACCCAGACCGGUUCAAGUCGGUUAAGGAGAACAUAUUUCUAGUGAGGGACAGAGAGGAGAGAGAAAGAGAGGGGCAGAAACCGGUCCGGUUCGACCCGCUGAGCGAGUUUCCAGAGAGAUGCCCGCCGGGAGGGGCGGAGACGGUGGUUCUAUAUACGACGUCGUUGAGGGGCGUACGGCGGACGUUUGAGGACUGUAACAGAGUGAAGUCGGUACUGGAGUUGCAGCAGGUGGUCGUCGACGAGCGUGACGUGGCGUUGCACGGCGAGUUUUUGAAGGAGCUCAAGGAGUUGCUCGGAGACGAGGCGACGGUGCCGAGGAUGUUUGUGAAGGGAAGGUAUAUCGGAGGGGCAGAAGAGGUUGUAGCACUAAAUGAAGUGGGGAAGCUUCGGAGAAUACUACGACGAGCAGCGGUGGAGACGGGAGCAGGUCGUCAGGGGUGCGAAGGGUGCGGCGGAGCGAGAUUUGUGCCAUGUCUGGAGUGUGGAGGGAGCUGCAAAGUGAUAAAAGGGGAGACAAAGGAGAGAUGUGGAGCUUGUAAUGAGAAUGGUUUGGCUCAUUGCCCUGCCUGUUAUUAAAACAAUCCUUGAUGGCAAAGAAUAAUGGAGGAAGAUGAUGAAUAUGAACUGCAUUUUUAUACUUGUGUUUCUUCAAUGUCAUUUAUACUUAAAAAUGCUUGUGGAAUUUGGGUGUUUGGAUGAAGGGAAAAUUGAAAGAGAAAGUUGUGAAAUAAGAGGAUGGAGGGGAUAUAUAAUGAUCAAUUUUAAGUAAUGGGAUCAUGUGAUCUUUUGGUUAGAUUAUUGUAAAAAAUUUCUACACUUGUUUAUAUGGCUUCAAUAUAUGUUUAUAAUUCGAAUUCACUUUC